AUGGGCCUAUGGGUCUCCGGGAAGGCCAUCCACGAGGAUGCGAGCAGCGGUGCUAGUUUCUCGUGUCCAAUGCUUCCCGUGCAGUGGACCCUUAAAAUGCAAGCCUUCCUAGGCGCAACGGCAGGCCUGGCGGCGUCGUCCCUCCCUGGCGCGACAUCGUACAUUGCGGCGCCGGGAUUCCCGACCUCUGUGUUUUCGUAUGGUUGGACUCCUAUUAAAUUUCAUUUGCUAAUUCUUGAUGAUAGAUCCUACUAUGUUUCUCCGGCUGAACCAACCAAAGAACCACAGCCCAUCCUCCAUGACCCCGUACUCAAUGUAACUUUUCCCUAUGAACUGACAAACCCCGAUCACAUUCCCACCAACCAUGAUCCUGUACUCUUCCCCAUCCCAUCCACAAAUCUAUCAGAACACCAGCAACGCGCCCUGGUAACCUCCGUCGAGGCCCACGUCACCGAAAUCAUCAACUCCAGCUCCUCCACAAGUAGUUGCACCAAAUGCAAGAAUGCCCUCGCUGCCGCAAAGCCCGCAGCUCUGCAUGCCCCAAUCCUAGUACCAGAUGCUAUGGUCCGUCUGUGCAAGCAAUUCAGUUUCCAAUCUGCCGAGUCCUGCGAGCAGAACUAUGAAGUAUCGACAUACGGCGCCAUCUGGACGCAGGUUCUGGCAUAUGCCGAUGUCGAGGGUCUCGAUGGCGAGUAUAUCUGUAACUCGCUGAGCAGUAACUUCUGCAGCAAGCCCACUACUCGUCCACUGGAUACUACGGGGCUAUUUCCCAAGCCCAAGCCUGCGAAUCCCGUUGUCCCAAAAGCAAGCGGGCACCGCGUCAAGGUCUUACAUUUGUCCGACUUCCACCUGGACUCGCGGUACGCUGUGAGCUCUGAAGCGAACUGCUCAUCGAGUCUAUGCUGCCGCAAUGAUAACUACAAUGACCUCUCCGAGAACCAUGUUCUGCUUUCUGCCUCCGCUUACGGAUCCUUUAAAUGCGACACGCCGUAUGACUUGGGUCUCGCUGCCUUGCAGGCCGUGGGUCCCUUAACUGGUACGGGCAAGGGCAUAGAUGAGGACUCCUUUGCAUGGUCUCUAUACACCGGCGACUUGGUGUCUCACGAUCCCUCGCCGCAGAUAUCGCGUGCCUACGCUGAGUACACCGAGAUCAGUGUCUAUGACAUGUUCAAGCACUAUAUAACAGGCCCUGUCUUUGCGGCGCUCGGAAACCAUGACACUAGUCCAGCGAAUAUUGACUCGCCGCACAGUUUGCCUGGUCGGCUUGGGGAACAGCAGAGCUGGAACUAUCAUCAUAUCGCUGGUCUGUGGCAGCAUGAGGGAUGGAUUGAUCGCCAGACUGCUGAGGAGGCAGUCACUCAUUAUGGUGGCUAUUCUAUCAAGACGCACUAUGGGCUUAGGAUUGUCGCAUUCAAUACAGACCUUUGGUAUGCCUCCAACUACGUCAACUUCAUCAACACAACCAACCCGGACAACUCGGGGAUAUUCACCUGGAUGAUCGAUGAACUCCAAAAAGCGGAAGACGCCGGCGAACGAGUCUGGAUAAUCGGCCACGUCCUCAGCGGCUGGGACGGGACAAAUCCGCUCCCCAACCCGACGAACCUGUUCUACCAAAUCGUGGACCGCUACUCCCCCCACGUCAUUGCAAACAUCUUCUUCGGACACACCCACGAAGACCAGUUCAUGAUCUACUACGCCCAAAACGGUACCCUCCAAAACGCGGACACGGCCCUGUCGACGGCCUGGGUGAUGCCCAGCGUGACGCCGUUAACAAAUCUUAACAGCGGAUUCCGAAUGUAUGAAGUCGACACGGGCGACUUCAACAUCUACGAGGCGUAUACCUUCAUCGCUAAUGUCUCGGACUUCCCGCGCCUGGAACUGGAACACACCGGCCCGACCUUCGGUAUCGAGUACUCGACGCGGGAGACGUACGGUCCCGCAGCUGCGUGGAAUAAAGAUGCGCCGUUGAAUGCGACGUUCUGGCACCGCGUUACAGAGGCUAUGGAGGCUGAUGGGGGAUUGGCUACGCUGCAUAAUGAGUUACAGGGCAAGAUGAGUGUUAAGAGCCCUAAUUGUACCAGUGACGCUUGCCAUAAGGCGAAAGUUUGCUAUAUGCGCAGUGGGAGUGUUGCGCUGGGGAGUCAGUGUCCGCAGGGGUAA